CAUUUCACUAUAUAAAUGGCAGCAAGUCUCCAUUACUCUGUCACAAAGAACAUAGACCAAUUGUUCUUGAGCAAGAUGAUUCUCUACAUCUUUCUCAUCUUUUCUCUCAUAUAUUCUUCUUCUUAUGCUGCAGUGAACGACUUCUGCGUUGCGGACUUGUCAGGUCCUGAUGGCCCUGCAGGCUACGCUUGCAAGAAACCUGCAGCAGUCACCGUAAACGAUUUUGUUUACUCUGGCCUGGGAAGCCCUGGCAACAUCUCAAGCCUUAUUAAAGCUGCUGUGACACCGGCCUUUGUCGACCAAUUUCCUGGUUUAAACAGCCUUGGACUCUCCAUGGCUCGUUUGGACUUGGCAGUUGGCGGUGUUGUUCCCAUGCACACCCACCCGGGAGCUUCAGAAGCCCUAAUUGUGGUACAAGGGUCUAUCUGUGCUGGGUUCAUUUCUUCAGCUAAUACUGUUUACUUCAAAUCUCUUAAUAAGGGAGACAUUAUGGUAUUUCCACAAGGGUUGCUGCACUUCCAAAUAAAUGCAGGGGGGAGUCCAGCACUUGCAUUUGUUAGCUUCAGUAGUUCAAGACCAGGUCUCCAGAUCUUGGACUUUGCCUUGUUUGCAAACAAUUUGCCUUCUGAACUAAUAGAGAAGACUACCUUCCUUGAUGAUGCUCAAGUUAAGAAGCUCAAGGGGGUUCUUGGUGGCACAAAUUGAGGUCUCUGGCCCUGGAUAUUGUCUUAUUUUUCUUACUUAUUAUUCCUUUGUUUUCUUCGUCAUGAUGUGGUCUCCAAGCACAGGAUUCUUCUUGUCAGACAGUUUGUCAGUUGUAUGUUUUAGUUUAUAAAGAGUCUAGUUACUGUUUUUCAAUUGUUUAUCUUCUUGAAGUUGAAUUGUGCUCUUAAUGACAGCAUCCUAAGUGGAAGAUCCGACCAUUUUUCUUUUAUAAAGAAGGUUGUAAUAAUUCUGUGCAGGACAAAUUGGCUUUCUUGUCUCAGUAGAUUUGCAAUGUAAGAGCAAUAAAUGUCCACUUUUUUUUCCUUA